GGCGGGGCUCCACGCGGCCUCUUUAAAUGGCCACUAAGGCUUCGCCGGGCACUCCGCGGACAGAGCAGCAGGCAGCCGGACGGAGGGCCGCACGGGUCGGGGUGCAAAUCGCGAGACAGGUCCAGCGGGUGACGGCAGUGACCCACGAGGUGACCAUGAGGGACGUCCUAUUUAAAUGCUGUUUUGUCCCUCGUCCUCCUCCAGGAGAAGAGGAGCAUGGGGGAGACAUGGCGGCCAACCACAAGAAGUUCCUCAUCUUCUUCGACUUUGAUGAGACCAUCAUAAACGAGAACAGCGACAACUCGGUGGUGCGGGCAGCGCCUGGCCAGAAGCUGCCCGCCUGGCUGCGUGACACCUACCGGGAGGGCCACUACAACGAGUACAUGGGGCGCGUGCUGAGCUACAUGGGUGACCAGGGGGUCCGUGAGGAGGGCUUGCGGACCAUCAUCGAGAAGAUCCCCGUCUCCCCGGGGGUGCCCAGCAUCUUCAGCCUCCUCAGGGCCCACCACGACCUCUUUGAGGUGGUCCUCAUCUCUGACUCCAACAUGUAUGUCAUCGAGACCUGGCUGCAGGCGGCCGGCCUUCGUCAGCUCUUCCGCUGCAUCCUGACCAAUCCGGCCAGCUUCGACGCACGCGGGUACCUGGUCCUCAAGCCGUACCACACACACGCGUGCCAGAGGUGCCCGGCCAACAUGUGCAAGCAGAAGAUCGUCAGCGAGUACCUGAGGCAGCGCCAGGAGGAGCGUGCCGGCCGGCCCUUUGACAAGCUUUUCUACGUGGGUGAUGGUGCCAACGAUUUCUGCCCGUCUGUCAUUUUUGGGCCCGCCGACACCGUCUUCCCCCGCCAUGACUACCCGAUGCACAAGCUGAUCAAGGAGAUGCAGCAGAGCCAGCCGGGCAGCUUCAAGGCCACCGUGGUGCCCUGGCAGAGUGGCGAGGUGAUCGCCACCUACCUGAAGACGUUCCUGGACAGGUAGCUCCUCCCCUACUCCACCUAAAGUCCGCCCUCCAAUAGGCCCCGCCCCUCAAACUGUUCACCUUUCCUCAGGUUCAAGCCCCCCCCCCCCCCCCCCCCCCCCCAUGUUCCUUGAAUGACCCACUUGUGGCG